AUGAGCGCUGAUGAACGUCGAGCUCUGGAAGCGUUGAAAGACGACCAAAACGCAGAGGAUGUGUGGCAGGAUGAAUCGGAACAAAUGGACUUCGGUGAUGUCUUGAACGGCUCCGAACUAUUGCCCAUCAGCCACACUGGUGGCGAGUUUGCUGAUCUUGCGACAAGUCUUUUGGGAGACUUCUGGGAUAUGAAGGAUCGAGCUCGUGGCCGACGCCGUAUUGAUAAUCGUACACGCCGUGACCGCGUUCUACGUAGGAACCAGGCUUUUGCUUCGCAGUUGCUUGCCAUGACCGAUGCGUACCUUACCUGGAGCUUGGAAAAAUCCAAGGCAGACUUUAGCGGCUUUUUUGACCGGCUGCAAAGUGAAGACACUCACCUGCCAGAGAGUAAGCCUACUGGACAAUGGACAAUCAAUGUCAUUGACGUAUUCUACGCUGACAAAGUUACUGUUAAGAUACUAUCUUCCGACCGCACCGUUGCCUCUGCCCUCGUCCGUCAAGGCGUGAUGCCUUGCUUGCCUAUAUCGCCUACUGUGGGCAUUACUACAGAAGCCCUGGAUCUUUAUCGUGUAAUGCACCUUAGGAGUCCCCACUUGUCCAUUCAGGCCUUCGUCAAAUCAAUGAGCGACUUGCGUGGGGUGGGAUUUCACAGAUACCUUUCUCGUCAAUUUUCCAUCGCAUUCGACUUAUACCUCGACGUUCGACGCGCGGUUGCAGCCAUGGUAGCCGAGUCGCUUCAGCGGGACUCACCCGACUGGCGACUCAAACACGCCUGCCCCGCGUGUACAUAUGUGCUAACGGACGAAGCAAAAUUAAAGUUCAGCUUGCUAUAUGCCAUGGACGGGAAUGACUCCCUGAAAAGAGUCCUUCGAAGAACGUUUGAUACGGACGACUCUCUCGGCUCAUCGUGUGAACUCCCGACGGGACAGCAGCUCAGGACUGACCGCUAUCUAUCUCGUACCUUCGUUGACCAGUUUGCAUCGGACUCUAGUGCUGCAGGCGACGGGGAGAAUUCGUGCGAAGGGCGUUGGAAGAAUAUGGAUGACGCGAAAACAAAGAAAGCAUGGGGGAUUUACGAUGAAACAGGCAUCUUUUUGGCCGUGUGCCGCCAUGGGUUCUCUCUGCUAAUUGCAGACAUGGUACAGAGUGGGGAACUUGCAAAAUAUCCUUUGGCCGUGGUCUCGAAGUUGCUGAACGUAUUUGGAACUAAUCUAGGAGGCGGGUAUGACAUCAGCUGUCAGUUCAAGACUACUCUCGACAGAAGCUCCCUCGGACCCCUCACACGUUCGAAGCAUCACACCUGCCUUGUUGGGGCCUUCCAUGGACAUGCCCACAGGCGUUUGUGCCAACUUUUCUCACUCACAACGUAUACCAAAGGUCUGGGACUGGAAGAUCUGGAGACGUGCGAACGGACUUUCUCGAAAUCGAAUUCCUUGGCCUCCGCACUACGUUACGCGAGUAUUUUCCAUCGCCAACAAGCCAUCGAUUCUUUUUUCGAACACAACGACGACUUCGAAGUCUACGCUAAUCUAUCCGAUUUUUUGUACAACAACUACAAGCAAGCUCUAGAUAUCCUCGAUGAUGGUAAUGCAGCGCUACCGAAACUCAUGCAAGAUCUCAAGGUAGUUGAUGUGAGUACUUUCGAGCGCUGGUUGGAAGAUGAAAAGGCCUAUCUUGUUGGUCUAACGCGCGAGCCUGAAGAAGAAACACUCCAGAUGGAGUACUGGCAGAGGCUCGUUAAUCUUGCAGCGAGCAGUGAUGCGCUUGGUGCUGCGAUGGCAGCAGUUGAAUUACCUUCUGAAGAUUCAUAUGAGACACAGGUCAAACGCACUCGCAACACUGAGGGUGCACGGCGUCACGCACUGGAAGACUAUGAGAGGAAUCUCAAGAUAGUGCAAGCGCUGGAGGGCAAGCUAGAAAUCACGGAGCGGUGGGUUCCCAGAGAUGUAGAGUGGCAGAACGCAGGGAGGCUAGUGGCUAACAGGAAGUACCAACGGGCACUAGACCGUCUUGAGGGUCUCAUCGUCGCUCGGAUAUUCGAACUGUCGAAAAUGAACAGAGCAGGGACAGGCUAUAAACUACGCAAACACAUCGCCAAGGCAUUACAGGCUCACUCCGUUGCUAUCAGGUCAGCCCUCAACACGUACAACACUAUUGCUAGGACACUGUCCCCUCCCCGCUUAACACUGAAAUGGGAAGAAGUUGUCGACUACGCCUUUCUUGCCAACUUCGACCUCCUUCGCGACACGCGUGUAGACAUCUCCGAGCGCCCUUGGUCAUCUCCUGCCGCUCGUAGCGCAAUGGAUCUCCACUUCAAAAUAUGUCGGGCGCGUGAGGAGAUUGAACGCCUCAAUAUUGAGGUCCAACGCCUGGUGACCUAUAUACGCGAUGAAGAGAAGUAUCUACGGGAAUGUGAGGACCAGUUGAAGGAUACCAACCCAGCCCUCGCACAUCAAAUCGCUAUUCACCGAAACACUCGAGGACGCUUCAAGUCACGACAUCUCAACCGGCUUCACGACAUAUCGAAGCUUCCGGGAUUCAGUGGGACACUAGCUCCUGGUAUAAGCGCUUAUACAUACCUAGAUACCCAGGAUGAUCUGGAUGAUGAGGAGGAGGAGGAGGAGGAGGAGGUAGUAGAGCAGGCUGUUGAAAGAUUAUAG